CCUCCGUCCCCCGUGACAGCGAAGCAGAGGCUCAUCACCCUACCCAAGUAGCCAUCCUCCGCCGCCGCCAUGGCAGCAGCCCCCACCGGCGGCCCCGCCAUCACCAUGUCCUCCUCCUCCUUCCUCUCUCCGUCGCCGUUCUAUGUCAAGUACCGAACUGCUCCCCGUUCCCGGGCGUCGAGGACCAGCCACCGCCAACCCGCCGGGAGAAUGCCUGUCACCGUCCGCUGCGUCAGUAUCCCGCCGGCCGCCGAUACAGCUUACAAGACUAGUGUCCCGCGCAAUGCAAACAUGACCAAGCUCCAAGCAGGAUAUCUGUUUCCUGAGAUAGCCAGGAGAAGAGCAGCUCAUUUGCUGAAGUACCCUGAUGCUGAGAUUAUAAGCCUUGGGAUAGGUGACACUACCGAGCCCAUUCCUGACGUCAUAACAAAUGCCAUGGCAGAGAGAGCACAUGCCUUAUCAACAAUUGAUGGCUACAGUGGUUAUGGAGCUGAGCAAGGUGAAAAGAAACUAAGGGCAGCAAUUGCUGCAACCUACUAUGCGGACAUUGGUAUUGAAGAUUCAGACAUAUUUGUCUCUGAUGGUGCCAAAUGUGACAUUUCUCGCCUCCAGGUCCUUUUUGGAUCUAAUGUGACAAUUGCAGUCCAAGACCCAUCAUACCCUGCAUAUGUUGAUUCAAGUGUUAUCAUGGGCCAAACCGACUUAUAUCAGCAAGAUGUUCAGAAGUAUGGCAACAUUGAGUACAUGAGAUGCAAUCCCGAAAAUGGAUUUUUCCCUGAUCUGUCAACUGUCCCACGAACAGAUAUAAUUUUCUUUUGUUCACCCAACAACCCUACUGGUGCUGCUGCAUCUCGGGACCAACUAACAAAACUAGUCAAAUUUGCUAAGGACAAUGGGUCCAUCAUUGUCUAUGAUUCUGCUUAUGCUAUGUACAUAUCAGAUGAUAGUCCAAAGUCCAUCUUUGAAAUUCCUGGAGCAAAAGAGGUUGCCAUUGAGACAGCAUCAUUCUCAAAAUAUGCUGGGUUCACUGGUGUCCGUCUAGGUUGGACUGUUGUCCCCAAGGAACUUCUUUUCUCAGAUGGACAUCCAGUUGCUAAAGAUUUCAACCGCAUAGUCUGCACUUGCUUCAAUGGCGCAUCAAACAUUGCUCAAGCUGGUGGCUUAGCUUGCCUCUCUACAGAGGGCCUGAAGGCUAUGCGUGACGUCGUUGGCUUCUACAAGGAGAACACUGAAAUAAUUGUUGACACAUUUACAUCGCUUGGGUUCAACGUGUAUGGUGCCAAGAACGCUCCUUAUGUGUGGGUGCACUUCCCUGAUCGCAAUUCGUGGGAUGUGUUCGCUGAGAUCCUCGAGAAGGCAAACGUUGUCACUACUCCUGGCAGUGGAUUUGGACCAGGCGGCGAAGGCUUUGUGAGGGUCAGUGCAUUCGGCCACAGAGAGAACAUCAUUGAAGCCGCUAGGAGAUUAAAGCAACUGUACAAAUGAGCACCGACGCAACUUCUGUAUCGCACUUGAAGGACUGUACCAAUAAGAUCACAGCUGGAUUUGGAAUGCCAAAUCCUCUCUUUGGAGCUACCAGGAGAUAUUAGAAGUGAUACUUGAUAAUUUCGUAGGCUUUUUUUUAAUGGUGUUACUCCAUUCAAACCAUUUCCAUUUUGAAAUAAUGCUUUGUAUACCUGAGGCGUUUAAAUCACCAAUGGUUAUAUAUGGCCUAGGUUAUUUUCCUUACA